CAAGAAAAUUGUGAAGAUAUCGUGUUUUCCAGAAACAGAAAUACUGAAACAAACUAAAGAAUUGUAUAAGAUCUACUCUCUUUUUGCUCCUCAACUCUUCUCAAAAAAUAAAAAUAAAAUUAGGGUUCUAUAGAAACUAAAAGUGGGUUUUCUCUGUUUCAUCUCAUUGCAACUCUCAGCAGUCCUUGUUAUUGUUAGGGGGUAUGGCGACUGGUAGCAUGAAAUCAAAGCAGGAGAAGCGUAGAAGCAGCUUAUCAGAUGAUGAACUUAUAAUCUUCGUCUUGGGGGGUCCUGGUAGUGGAAAGGGGACACAGUGCAAGAUGAUUGCCCAAAGGGAUGAUCAGUUCUGCCAUCUUAGCGUUGGAGAUCUUCUUAGGCUAGAACAGGAAUCAGGUUCCAAGCAUGGUACCAUGAUUAAGAACUAUAUCAAGGAGGCAAAGCUCGUCCCUUCAGAGAUUGUGGUUGACCUCAUACUACAGGCCAUGAAGAGAAGUGGCAAGAAAAAGUUUCUAAUUGAUGGGUUCCCUCGCAACGAAGAAAAUCGUGUUGAGUUUUAUUCUGCUUGUCAACUAAAGCCAAAAUUUGUGCUUUAUCUAUCUUGUUCCAAAGAGGUCAUGGUGCAACGUCUUCUUUGUAGACAACAGGUUAGAAGGAUCCAUGCAGCUUCUGUUUCCUUGAUUCAUUUGUUUUAA